AUUUGAUGAACAUGAAAAUUAGAUUAAUUUCCUACAUGCAUUUCAUUAAUCUAAUUUAAAUUAUGUACAUACAUUGAUUGAAUCAACUUUUUACAAGAUAUAUUUCAGUAAGAAUUCAUUUCAGCCUUCUUUUUUUUUAAUUUGCUAAUAUUCAUUUAACGCACGCGCAGAACAUCAUCGCCCGAAAUCUCCCAGCGCCAUAUUGAGAGGCGGACGUUGUAUGACUUGAGUGAUUAAUCGUGGUUAGUGCAAUUGAAGUGGAACAGUUGAUCGUGCCCUAUGGAUAUUCAUUUGGGAGUGGUGUGCCUCGGUUGAAAGGCCUGCCGAAAGGACGGCUCCGCGCGUGAGGACGGAUUGCGGCCCUCCGCUCUAAAUCAUGGAGUGCUGCAUGUCAGAAGAAGCAAAAGAACAGAAAAGAAUCAAUCAAGAAAUAGAGAGGCAACUCCGAAAGGACAAGAGAGAUGCAAGAAGAGAACUCAAACUACUACUGCUUGGUACCGGCGAGUCGGGCAAAUCAACAUUCAUCAAGCAGAUGAGAAUCAUCCACGGUUCCGGCUACAGCGACGACGACAAGCGCGGCUUCAUCAAGCUGGUGUACCAGAACAUCUUUAUGGCGAUGCAGAGUAUGAUACGCGCUAUGGAACUACUCAAAAUACAAUACGGGAAUCCGUCCAACGUAGAAAAGGCGGAGUUGAUAUCGGCGAUCGACUUUGAGAGUGUGACCACAUUCGAGAGUCCGUACGUAGAGGCGAUCAAGGGACUCUGGUCCGACUCCGGCAUCCAGGAGUGCUAUGAUCGCAGGCGGGAGUACCAGCUCACCGAUUCAGCCAAAUACUACUUGCAGGAGAUAGACCGUGUGGCGUCACCAAAUUACCUACCAACCGAACAAGACAUCCUCCGUGUGAGAGUCCCCACAACGGGUAUCAUUGAAUACCCGUUUGACUUGGAGGAGAUACGAUUUAGAAUGGUGGACGUCGGGGGCCAAAGAUCCGAGAGAAGGAAGUGGAUCCACUGUUUUGAAAACGUCACAUCCAUCAUAUUCUUAGUAGCUCUUAGUGAAUAUGAUCAAAUUUUAUUCGAAUCCGAAAAUGAGAAUCGAAUGGAGGAGUCGAAGGCGUUAUUCAAAACUAUCAUCACGUACCCGUGGUUCCAGCAUUCGUCGGUAAUUCUGUUCCUCAACAAAAAGGAUUUGCUCGAAGAGAAGAUCAUGUAUUCGCAUCUGGUCGACUACUUCCCGGAGUACGAAGGUCCGCAACGCGACGCGAUCGCUGCGCGCGAGUUCAUCCUGCGAAUGUUCGUCGACCUCAAUCCGGACGCGGAGAAAAUCAUCUAUUCGCACUUCACCUGUGCGACUGACACCGAAAACAUCCGAUUUGUGUUCGCCGCAGUGAAAGACACGAUCCUGCAAUCCAACCUUAAGGAGUACAACCUGGUGUAAGGAGCCGCGGCCGCCGACACAGAUCUGUGAUUGUGUAUAACACAUAAUUAAAACAUCAUCACUUCACGACAGAAUGUGUAAAUUCACGAACUGAAAUCGUAUGGACGAACUUAUUCACCUUAAAAUGUUUAAUGAGAAAGUAAGGAUAGAUUGUAAGUCAUUUAACCCAAAAAUAGUUACAACCGGGCCGCGGCCCGUCGACUACGCUCGUGCGCGUCCCAACGUCGCGACACGUUUUUGACAUGUUUUUUUAUGAUGAAGUUAUUCACAAUUUAUGUAUGUGUCUGUAUUGGUGAAUAUUAAAUUGUGCAUUUUAAAAGUUAUGGUGAGACUUGGCCUUACCAUGCUGCUUUUAGUCAUUGUUUUAGGAUUUUUGUAAAGUUUGUUGCCAUAAUAUCUUUCUACAUUAGUAUACAUUUUAUUAUGUCCAAACGGAUGGAUUUGAACAAACUAGUCCAAUGAGUGUUUAGUAUCGACUCGUGGCUCGAGACAGGACUAACUAAUGACGUAUCAGGAAACGCUUCCGUUAUUAUUGUGUAUAAGUUGAAGUGUCGAGAGCAGAGUUUUGGAGGCGGCGGUGGUACUAUAGAACGCACGUCAGAGGUUUCGUCGGCUUCUUACAAUUUAUUAGAACAAAUUAUUUAAAUGUACAAAACCUCUGCUAUCUUAACAUAAACUACUUAAAAUCUUAUUUCCUAGUAUUUAAGUUCCUCGAUGUAGCUCGUCUUUAAAGUAUUUAAAAAUCGAACUAAUAGGAUUUGAAGAAAAUAAUCGCUAUUGGUGGGUUCGAGAAUGUUCUAUAUUUGAAAUGGCCCGAAGGAACGUUUGACCUGUAUUGCGUAGUACGUCCCGGUAUAGCGCCGCGCCGCGCGGCAAUGUGUUCACUGAUCGCUCGCCCCGCCUCAAUAAGUGAAACAAAUCAAUAUACAAAAUAUAUAUCGAUACCGUUUGUUCUGUUAGCUUGGAAGAUUUUAUAUAUUUAUUAAUUGAAUUUAAAUAUUACAUUACUUUUGUACAUUGGAAUUUUUGUUACUUGAAUAUAUGUUAUUAUUUAAGCUGUUUAUAUUUAAAUAUGGUGUUUUUCUACACGAAUUGACUUGACGCAAAAUGUUUUACGUUAACUGUAGGCUUUAUGCAGUGGUCUGGUAUAUUUGGUUUCUUCUGAUUUGAUCCGUGUAUGAGAAUUCCAUUCAGCUAGCAGUAUGUCGAGUAUAAGGAAAUACUACGUUAGUUGUUUAAGGACAUUUUUGAUGCAUUUGAUAUAAACUUUUUUUACUAGGAACCCAAGGGAUACAAUAAAGCGAAAUGUGAAUUGUAAAAACCGAUACCUGUUUUUUGCACGAAAGCUUGUACCACAUGUAUGUAAUAUAUUGUACAUUUGGGUCUAAAUGUGCUGAGUGAAUUGAGCCGACAGUUCAGUGCCAAGUUUUGCUAUUGGCAAUUUUUUUAACUGUACGUGAAGCACAAAAUAAAUCUUUUAUAAUUGUUUUCCAUAUUUAGAGUAUUUUAUUAUGCUAUGCUUAAUUUAGUGUGUUGCUUCGUGUUAUUAUUUCGUUAUUUAUGUAUAGUAAGAAACAAAGUUUCUAUUUUGUCGGUAUAAUAGCUUACAUUAAAUUAUUUGUUGUUGUCUUUAUUUAAUGCGUCCAGAGCAUAUCGAUUACCUCUGAGGUUAGGCGUCGGACAUGUGACUGUCAAUAGCAAAACUGUAUGCUUUAAUUAAUAUACAGCUGUCUGAAAUGCUCAAAAUAAUGUGAAAUUGUAACUUAGCGCACAAUAUUGGAACUUUCUAUUGAUGUUACCCACUCAAGUGCAAUCUCUGUGUAUGCCCUGUACAUAGGAAAGUAUAUUUCUUUACAGCAAUAUUGUGAAAAGGCCCGACGCGGCUUGGCUGUGACCGACGGGCGGCGCGCUGGCCAGCCGACUGUGUGCUUUGUGCCAACUGCAUCAAGUUCAAAAUUGAACUUUCUAUGAAUAAUUUUAUAGGAAUUGUGUCGUAUUCAUGAGAUGUGUCGUUUCCAUACUAAGUUUGAAUACAUUGCGCAGAUUAUAUAGGUAGCAACAAAAACAAACAAAGCACAAUACAUAUUCUAAUUGGUGAUUAGAGCCACAUACUACCAAGUUUCUGACAGUUUUUUUAUUUGUUUGGCAAUUCUUAUGAUACUUAUAGAUUGGUUAAAUAUUAUUUAAUCAAAUAUAAAAGCGUCGGUUGCUGUAAUAUUUUAAGGGCGUACAAAACUAAUAUAAUUUUAAAAGAAAAUGUUUGGAUGGUUACAUACUCAAAGAAAUAUUCAAAAUUUCUUUCUCGGGUUCCAGUAUGCAAUCUGAACUUUUUCUAAGUUUACCUCUUAUCUAAAUUAAGUUCCAUUUUAACCAAACAACUAUGACUCAUUCUUCUAUAUACAAACAGGGAGAGACUGUUAAAAUUACCGAAUUUAUAUUUUUAAUGAAAUUGUCAGAAAUGGUACUAGUUGUGGCAUUAAAUUUAUUUGUUGAUGAGCAAUAUGGUUGGCUGGCCGAGGCUUGCUCCCAAAUUACACCGUAGCGCAUUCAUAGCUAACGUGACUGCUGACGACGUCUUAAUAGUUAAACCGUACGCUCUCAAGAGUAGAACUCAAUAUAGCUUGACAUUGGACUUUAUAAAAUGUUACCUACUUUUCAAAUAACGCGUCUAGAUCGCAUUGAUUGUCAAAUUACACCAAGAGUACAGUCAAAACUAACCUGACGUACGAGUCGUUCCAUGCGCAUACGCAAGUGCGUGCGAUUUGGGAGUAAGGUUUAUCGCGCGCCGUCGUCACCGCGUCGAAUUCGUAUCUUCCAUACGAAUGGACUGAAACUCGUGUGGAGUGGAUCUUAACUGUUUGAUUUAACGGUUGGGUGGUGACUACACAAAUAUUGCUAAACUAUUAUAGUCUAACGUUGCUUUACCUUUUGCGUGAGAUUGUGAGGAUUUUAGCUUAAGUUCCGACUGAAGAUGGAUGCCUGUAUGAAAUAUUGUAAAUUAUAAUUUCUCAUAAAAUAUAAUUUUUUUCAGCUAAA